ACACCUUAAUACGCAUCAGAGAAUUCAUACUGGAGAGAAGCCUUUUAAAUGUAGAGAAUGUGGCAAAGCCUUUAGAUGGUCCUCACACCUUACUAGGCAUCAGAGAGUUCAUACUGGAGAGAAGCCUUAUAAAUGUAGAGAAUGUGAAUGUGGGAAAGUCUUUAGCUGGCCCUCAGACCUAACUAUGCAUCAGAGAGUUCAUACUGGAGAGAAGCCGUAUAAAUGUGCAGAAUGUGACAAAGCCUUUACAAGGUCCUCACACCUUACUAAGCAUCAGAGAGUUCAUACUGGAGAGAAGCCUUAUAAGUGUGGAGAAUGUGGAAAAGUCUUUAGCCAGACCUACUCCCUUAAUCGUCAUCAGAAAGUUCACACUGGAGAGAAUCCUUAUAAAUGUACAGAAUGUGGAAAAGUCUUUAGCCAGUCCUACUCCCUUAAUCAUCAUCAGAGAGUACAUACUGGAGAGAAGUCUUUUAAAUGUAGAAAAUGUGGUAAAGCCUUCAGUGAGCUCUCAAAACUUAUUCACCAUCAUAAAAUUCAUACUGCAAAUAACAUUUAUAAAUGUAUAGUAUGUGGCAAAGCCUUUAGCCGGUUCUCACACCUUACUUAUCAUCAGAGAGUUCAUUCUGGAGAGAAGCCUUAUAAAUGUAAAGCAUGUGGCAAAGCCUUUAGGUGGCGCUCAAACCUUAUUACGCAUCAUAGAGUUCAUACAGGAGAGAAGCCUUUUAAAUGUAGAGAAUGUGGAAAACUCUUUAACCAGUCCUACUCCCUUAAUCGUCAUCAGAAAGUUCACACUGGAGAGAAGCUUUAUAAAUGUAGAGAAUGUGGCAAAACCUUUAGCUAUUCCUCCUCCCUUAAUCUACAUCAGAGAGUACAUACUGGAGAGAAGCCUUUUAAAUGUAGAGAAUGUGGCAAAGCCUUCAGUGAGCUCUCAAAACUUACUCGCCAUCAGAAAAUUCAUGCUGCAGAUAACGUUUAUAAAUGUUUAGCAUGUGGCAAAGCCUUUAGCCAGUACUCACACCUUAUUUAUCAUCAAAGAUUUCAUUCUGGUUUGAAGCCUUAUAAAUGUAAAAUAUGUGGCAUAGCCUUUAGGCGGUUCUCACACCUUACUUACCAUCAGAGAGUUCAUUCUGGAGAGAAGCCUUAUAAAUGUAAAGUAUGUGGCAAAAACUUUAGCUACUCCUCAUACCUUAAUCGUCAUCAGCGUAUUCAUACUGGAGAGAAGCCUUAUACAUGUAGAGAAUGUGGCAAAGCCUUUAGCCAGUACACAUCCCUUACUAAUCAUCAGAGAGUUCACACUGGAGAGAAACCUUAUAAAUGUAGAGAAUGUGGCAAAGCCUUUACCCACUUAUCAACCCUUACUAAUCAUCAGAAAAUUCACACUGGAGAGAAACCUUAUAAAUGUAGAGAAUGUGGGAAAGCCUUCAGCAGAUCCUCAAAUCUUACUGUACAUCAGAGAAUUCAUACGGGAGAGAAGCCUUAUAAAUGUAGAGAAUGUGACAAAUCCUUUGUAAACUCCUCAGGCCUUACUAGGCAUCAGAGAAUUCACAGUUGAGAGAAGCCUUAUAAAUGUAAAGACUGUCGCAAAGCCUUUAGCCAGUCUGCAUCCCUAACUAAGCAACAGAGAGCUCACACUGGAGAGAAGCCUUAUAAAUGUAGAUAAUAUAACAGCCUUUCAUCAGUGUUCUGCCUUACUGUACAGCAGAACUCAUACUUGAGAGAAGAGUUACAGAUGUGAGGAGUGUCUUAGUGCUUUACCAGCUGUGAGAAUUUACUGAACAUCACAGACUGGAUACUGGCAAGAAGCCUCACGAAUGUGAAAAACGUGGAAAAGCCUUUGAAAGGCACUCAUGUCUUGGUGUACCUAAGGGACGUCAUACUAAAGAGAGUCCUUACAAAUGUAGAGUUUGGGCUGGAGCCUCUACCCACGCGAUAACAAAGUUUUCAUCUAAGGAUAUAAGCUUCAAAGGUUGAAGCUACAUUGAAAAUGAUAAAGUAAGGUCUUAUACAUUAUCAGGCAUGUCUCAUAGUGUAUAUUCUCAUUUAUGUUACAUACAACAUCUGGUCAUUAUUACUGGAUCGAGAUCUAGCAGAUAAUAAAGAAUGUGAUAAAGCUUCUCAGUAUGCAAACCUUACCUGACUUUCAGAUUUCAUACUGGGGAGAAAUUACAAGAGCAAACAUUGUCCUCAAAUCUUUAAUCAGCAUCUGUAGCUUAUUGCUCUCAUUGGAGUUUAUUCUAGAGCAGGUUGUCAACCUGUGGGUCAUGACCAUCUGAAAACAUGUUUACAAUUCAUAACUAGCAAAAUUAGAGUUAUAAAGUGUCAAUGAAAAUAAUUUUAUGGCUGGGGGUCACCACAACAUGAGGAACUGUAUUAAAGGGUCGAGGCACUAAGAAGAUUGAGAACCAAUCUGUUCUAGAGGGAAACCUUAAAACUGAAGAAUGUGGGAAAUCAUAUAAUUGGACUUAUAGCCCCUGUGUCAUUAGGAUUGUAACUGGGUAGAAAUUAUAGAUUCAUGAUAUAAGAGGAAGGAUUUUUGUUUAGAAUAUACAGUUUAUAAAGCUCCAAGGAAUUUAUGCCUUAAGUGACUUUAAAGAUGUAAAACUUUAACCAAGUAUAUAAUUGAUUAUG